AUGCUGAAGGUGGCAGUUCUAAUCCUCAGCCUGGCCUCCUUGGGGCUCUCGGCUGCGGAUGAGCUUGUCCCGACGAGAGAUACCACAUCGAGCCCUAGUGGGAGCCUACGGGGCAGCAACAGCAUCUUGAAUGUGACGAAUGAAUCAGAAGUAGAACCCCGUCGGGUGCCGGAGGAGUUUUCAUGCGUCGGGAGCAUAUGCACGACCCUCGCGACGGUGAGGUUGUCUCAGGCCGGUCCUGAACAGAAGCAGGAGGCGCUCGAGGUGCGUCAUCGUGGCGAUGCCGAGCGAAUCCCACGCACGAUGAAGGCUGGAGACGUAAAAAGUGCGUCUACCAGCCUGAGCCCAGUACCCGGGAUUGCCGCUCUGGAGACGUCUGGGCGAGGAGGGAAAGCCCUCGGAGCCGCCGACGGCCCCACGUGUAAGGGCGUGAAGUGUCUGAUGCCCGCCAUGCCACCCAUGGUCGCCCAGCCUGUGGCUCAGCCCCUGGCGCCUAGCAACGGGGUCGUAAUGGAGGAGCGCAACGAUACGAAUGCCAACAGCACCAGCAGCAUCACCACUACCACCACCGCCGCCGACGGCACCACCAUCUCCUCCUCCCUCAUCUGCACCAAUAGCCGGUGCGUGCUUUGCAGCGAGGGACUGUGCAAAGUCGCCGAACCCGACAUGCAAGGGAACAGCACCGCCUUGAGCAUGACUGGGCCUGGCACACGCGUGGAGAUCACCUGCAAGGACAGCGUGUGCGUGACCGUGACGACGGAGCGCGCGGCCAACGGCACGCUCUCGUCUACCACCACCCAAGCCACCACGAAAAGCGUGCCUUUCAGGGGGACGACGACGAAGAGCGGCGAAGGGAUCGGCGACAGUGGCUGA